AUGCCUGCACACAGGUGGGCGCAUCGAUUCUUCGCCCUCCUAGAGCAGAAAAGGGAAUAUUUUGUGGCGAAAUCGAAGAAAUACCGUGGAUUCAUGCCUGUGUAUGCAGAGGAAAUACCGAUCGCGGAUGAUCUGAGCGAGCGCACCGAGAAAAAAGCAACGGGUGCUCUUCUGGAAUCAUUCGAUACUGUAUUGGUUAGGAAAUUCUGGCUGAUCCAACAACGUGCCCCGGAUAACGUGCUUCCCCCCGAUACCUAUGAUUUGUAUGGAGAUAACCAGUGGCCAAGGGACGAGGUGCUUCCAAAAUUCCGAGAGACCGAUUUGCUUUAUUGUACCGAGGCACUCACACAUUGUCGAAGACUAAUGAGAAGCUUUGCCCCUUCCCUUCGCCUCUAUGAGGGUUUCUCUGACCCCGUGAUGGAUUUUCCGGGAGUCACGACUACGAAUGCUUUACGAUUUUUGUCCCAGGAUAAUGUGCCCGCUUUGCAAGUCCGUAACGCUCGGGGGGAAUGGGUGGUGGCGCCUCCUAUCCCAGGGACGCUGGUUGUGAAUAUCGCCGAUUUCAUCAACCUUACUGGUCAAGAACGUUAUUCAAUCCCCUUCUUCUUCGGAGUCGACUACAAUACCACAGUGUCAGUCUUGCCAAAUUGUGUCUCCGAUGACAGGCCGGCAAGUUUCGUGCGUGCGCAACUAGCCAAGACCUAUGUUCCUUAUAGCGAGGAACCUUCUACUAGAUAG